AAAGGGGCAAAAGACGGCAGACGAUGGGCUGCAAGACCGUUAGGAGGGAUCUGGCCACUGCAUGUGUGGCGAGGAUGGAGAGGAUCUGGCUGCGGGAUGGAUAAGUGGGCAUCAGCGGGUCGGCGGUUCGAGGAGGUCUUCUGAUGGCGAAACGACACUGCUCGCGUCAAGAGCAGGUAAGAGAGAGGGCGGGAGGCAAACAACAAAGAGAAACCGCGACCCAGGCUGCGCUUUGUCGUGUUUGCCUCAGCAGGAGGAUGUCGAUGGGAUGUUGGUUGACGAUGAUGAUGAUGGGCUAGUGAUGGAUAGCGAUGACAUGGACACACCGAACCAUGGACAGCAGGUGCGCCGACACCCUCAGACCACCUAUCUGCAUCGAUAUCCACACACAAGUUCAACCAAACACAUGGGGCCGCCUGCGUGUGGUGGCUCGUUGCUUCUGCAGUCCUCUGGAUGUUCGCUUCCCCUGUGGACAAUCCCGCCCGACACUCUCUCUACCAUCGUCGGCCCUUUGCUAGGGACGCAGUACAUCAUCGGCACCCUCUCGGUCAUACGCAAGGCAUUCGCGACCAUCGCAACAGACCCCUCCACCCACCUCUUCGUCCACGUCCAGACCGCCAAGGCCAUCCACCUGACCGACAUGCAGCUCAGCGUAUGGCUCACCCGACUGAGCAAGACCAAGCGCGCCGUGCUGCUCUGCCCGGUGACGGAGAGCAUGGUGCGUCUGGUGGAGAGCAUGCGCAACACUGUGGCCUACCUCGAGAUGGAUGAGCCGGCCGGACGACUGCGCUGUCCGUCCAGGCAGCCAUCGCCAUCCGGCCGUCGGGAGGAGUCGCGGAUGCAGUUUGCGGCGCUGGAGGAGGUGUGUGUGGGAGGCGAAUGGGUGCGGGUUGCUCGUACCUACGGAUGGGCACUGAGGUGACUGACACGACGCACCGCGGGCGCGUUCAUACAAUGCCGCACACGUUUGUUGGUUGUGCGCCGUUUCAGGUCGCUUGUGUCGCUGAGCAUUCGCGACGGGCCGUUGACGGGCCGGUCGUCGUUUGCCUCGGGUUGCUACGGCAUGUACUGGCGGAGAUCCGCUUCGGCGCUUCGGUCGCUGACAUACGACGACAGCGGAUGCUGGGACUUCAGUCGCAGCCGCGCCCAUCCCGACCAUCUGGCGCAGCUUCUGCGGCCAACCAACUCCGUGCCUCACCUGCACGCCCUCAAGUGAGGAGCAUGAUAGAACCGAAACACGCGCGUGUAUGUGUAUCCACUUAUUCUCUUCUCUCUCAGGCGCCUGCGCUUCACCAGUCAGCAGUCGUGCUUCACCCACGGAGGCACACAGCUGCUGGCUCAGCGGGGCCUCAGGCUGGAGGAGGUCGACAUCGCCCUGUCCCCCGGAUACCUGUCGACCCAAAACAUCAAGGUACGAUCUUCAUCCACAAGGCGACAACCCCUCACGCAUUUAUCAAGACACAGUCCUCUCUCUCCCUCUGUGUCUGUCUGUCUGUCUGUCUGUGUGUCUGUGUCUGUGUGUGUCUGUGUGCGGCGUGUAGGAUGUCGAUGACUUUCGCCGGCUGUGCCUCGCGCCCAGCGGCACCGAGGACUGGAGCAGGAGCAACAUCAUGUUCGAGCUGCCACUGCUGUGGCAAAACGUGCCCACGGAGCCGGUGUGGUGGGCGAACGGGGCGUCCGUCCCCACCGUCCAACUGCUGGCCUCUGCCGCUACUCAUGUCGGCUUCGGUACAUACUGGCCUGCAGGCGAGACCUUCCCCGCACUCUACAGCACACUAGCGUCGCUCGUUUUUUGUCGAGCGCAAGAGCUGAUACUCUUUCUUUCCUCCCCGUCCACAGACAUACCCGAGGCCGUGGUGGCAGACGUGCCGCGCCUCUUGCCGUGCGUGAGGCGGGCAGAGCUGCUUUUCGAGCACCUGGCUGACCUGUCCGUGCAGAGAAUGCUGAGUCAGCUGCCGAUGCUCGAGGCGCUGGUCAAUACGUUCUGUGUGGUUGAUUAUGUGGGUGAGGUGGAGAUGUGCAUGUGGGUGGACCAGACAGAGAAGGACAGGCCGAUAGAUGAGCGCGUUCACCGCAUCAUCGUCCACUCGCACUUGCACUACGAGCAAGGCGACACAGAGAGUUUCGACUUCUACUGUGGCGAGACAGUUUGGAACUGUGUGCAGGCGAUUGGCGUUUUCCCUCGCCUAGACAGCAUCGAUGUCGACAUCACGGUGGAGGGGCAUCUUGCAGGGGGCGACAUAGUGAGCAUGCUGCAAGAGGUCACAACGUGCCGUCCUGACUUGGCGGAUGACCAUCAGGUAGCUUUUCACCUCGUGCUGCAUGACCAUGGCUUUGAGAUGGUCGAGCUGCCCCGGCUGGCAUUCGACUGUCGUGUGGAGGUGCGGCGGCUGGGCCUGCCCGUCCCCUCACAGAAGCGCAUCACUGACUACUUCUCUGUGGCCAACCAGUGAGACAGACAUCGGCUGGGGGGCACAGCACAGAUAGCAGCCUGUGUGUCUAGUGGGUGGGGCCGGGCUGUACAGAUGGGCUUGUGGGCGGGAUAUACUUGGUUGCGCGUGUCAAUCCUUUCUGCGUGCUCUUUGUGCAUGUGCGUGUGGGCGGUCGGUGUCUCACCCAUCAGCAUCCCGCCAGCUGCAGGUGGGUGAUGAAGCGACUGCAUCCGACGCCCAUGCGCAAGGGGCCGGUAUUCGUG